GCGAGGGACCGCCGGCGUCGCCGCGGGGCUCGGCGGGGCUCUGGAGCCGGCCCCGGCGAGCCGGCGAGGAGCCAUGGCCGAUGGGGGCGAGGGCGAGGAUGAGAUCCAGUUCCUGCGAACUGAUGAUGAAGUGGUUUUGCAGUGUACCGCAACCAUCCACAAAGAACAACAGAAAUUAUGCUUGGCAGCAGAAGGAUUUGGCAACAGACUUUGUUUCUUGGAGUCCACUUCAAAUUCCAAGAAUGUUCCCCCAGACCUUUCCAUCUGUACCUUUGUGUUGGAACAGUCUCUCUCAGUCCGGGCCCUGCAGGAGAUGCUGGCUAACACAAUGGAGAAAUCAGAAGGGGCAAUUGAUGUGGAAAAAUGGAAAUUCAUGAUGAAGACGGCUCAGGGUAGUGGUCAUCGAACACUCCUCUAUGGACAUGCCAUAUUGCUACGUCAUUCCUACAGUGGCAUGUAUCUAUGCUGUUUGUCCACUUCUCGAUCUUCAACAGAUAAGUUGGCUUUUGAUGUUGGCUUGCAAGAGGAUACAACCGGGGAGGCUUGUUGGUGGACUAUUCAUCCAGCUUCUAAACAACGGUCUGAAGGAGAAAAAGUACGAGUUGGAGAUGAUCUCAUUUUAGUCAGUGUAUCCUCUGAGAGAUACCUGCACUUGUCUUAUGGCAAUGGCAGUUUGCACGUGGAUGCUGCUUUCCAGCAGACUCUCUGGAGUGUGGCCCCAAUCAGCUCAGGAAGUGAAGCAGCCCAAGGGUAUCUGAUUGGUGGUGAUGUUCUCAGAUUGCUGCAUGGACACAUGGAUGAAUGCCUCACUGUCCCUUCAGGAGAACAUGGUGAAGAGCAGCGAAGAAGUGUUCAUUAUGAAGGUGGCGCUGUAUCAGUUCAUGCCCGUUCCCUGUGGAGACUAGAAACACUAAGAGUUGCGUGGAGUGGAAGCCACAUACGAUGGGGCCAACCUUUCCGACUACGUCAUGUCACAACAGGAAAAUACUUGAGUCUCCUAGAAGACAAAAAUCUUCUACUGAUGGACAAAGAAAAAGCUGAUGUGAAGUCAACAGCUUUUACCUUCCGAUCAUCCAAGGAAAAAUUGGAUGUCGGCACGAGAAAAGAAGUUGAUGGCAUGGGAACAUCAGAAAUAAAAUAUGGAGACUCAGUGUGCUAUAUCCAACAUGUAAAUACAGGCCUGUGGCUUACUUACCAGUCUGUCGAUGUGAAAUCUGUGAGAAUGGGAUCCAUACAACGUAAGGCUAUUAUGCAUCAUGAAGGCCAUAUGGAUGAUGGCUUAAAUUUAUCUAGAUCUCAGCAUGAAGAAUCACGAACAGCACGCGUAAUCCGGAGCACAGUUUUCCUUUUCAAUAGAUUCAUAAGGGGCCUUGAUGCACUCAGCAAAAAAGCAAAGGCCUCCACAGUGGACUUACCAAUAGAGUCUGUCAGUCUUAGUCUGCAGGACCUGAUUGGGUACUUCCAUCCCCCGGAUGAGCAGUUAGAGCAUGAAGACAAGCAGAACAGAUUGCGAGCUCUAAAGAAUCGUCAGAAUCUCUUCCAGGAAGAGGGCAUGAUCAACCUGGUGCUGGAGUGCAUAGACAGACUUCAUGUCUAUAGCAGCGCAGCGCACUUUGCUGAUGUGGCUGGCAGAGAAGCAGGGGAAUCUUGGAAAUCGAUUCUCAAUUCUCUGUAUGAAUUGCUAGCGGCUCUAAUUAGAGGAAAUCGUAAAAACUGUGCUCAAUUUUCUGGCUCCCUUGACUGGUUGAUUAGCCGAUUGGAAAGACUGGAAGCUUCUUCUGGUAUUCUUGAAGUUUUACACUGUGUAUUAGUAGAAAGCCCAGAAGCUCUAAAUAUUAUUAAAGAAGGACAUAUUAAAUCCAUUAUUUCACUUUUAGACAAGCAUGGAAGAAAUCAUAAGGUUCUAGAUGUGUUGUGCUCUCUCUGCGUUUGCCAUGGAGUAGCAGUUCGUUCUAACCAGCAUCUCAUCUGUGACAAUCUCCUGCCAGGAAGAGACCUGUUAUUGCAGACUCGCCUUGUGAAUCACGUCAGCAGCAUGAGACCCAAUAUUUUUCUGGGCGUCAGUGAAGGUUCUGCUCAGUAUAAGAAAUGGUACUAUGAGUUGAUGGUGGACCAUACACAGCCAUUUGUGACAGCAGAAGCAACUCAUCUGCGAGUGGGCUGGGCUUCCACUGAAGGUUAUUCUCCGUACCCUGGCGGCGGUGAAGAAUGGGGUGGAAAUGGUGUUGGAGAUGAUCUUUUUUCAUACGGAUUUGAUGGUCUUCAUCUUUGGUCAGGUUGUAUUGCUCGUACUGUAAGUUCACCAAACCAGCAUCUUUUAAGAACGGAUGAUGUCAUCAGCUGCUGUUUAGAUCUAAGUGCCCCUAGUAUUUCAUUUCGAAUUAAUGGACAGCCCGUUCAAGGAAUGUUUGAGAAUUUCAACAUUGAUGGCCUCUUCUUUCCAGUAGUGAGUUUCUCUGCAGGAAUAAAGGUACGCUUUCUACUUGGAGGGAGACAUGGAGAAUUUAAAUUCCUUCCUCCACCUGGUUAUGCGCCAUGUUAUGAAGCUGUUCUGCCAAAGGAAAAGUUGAAAGUGGAGCACAGCCGAGAGUACAAGCAAGAAAGAACGUAUACACGGGACCUCCUGGGCCCUACGAUGCCCUUGACGCAAGCCGCCUUCACGCCAGUCCCUGUGGAUACCAGCCAGAUCGUGUUGCCUCCUCACCUUGAGAGGAUAAGAGAAAGACUGGCAGAGAAUAUCCAUGAACUCUGGGUUAUGAAUAAAAUUGAACUUGGCUGGCAGUAUGGUCCGGUUAGAGAUGACAAUAAGAGACAGCACCCGUGUUUGGUGGAAUUCUCCAAGCUGCCUGAACAGGAACGCAAUUACAAUUUACAGAUGUCCCUUGAGACCCUGAAGACCUUGCUGGCAUUAGGAUGCCAUGUGGGUAUAUCAGAUGAACAUGCUGAAGAAAGAGUGAAAAAAAUGAAGCUACCCAAGAAUUACCAGCUGACAAGUGGAUACAAGCCUGCACCAAUGGAUCUUAGUUUUGUCAAACUCACUCCAUCUCAGGAAGCAAUGGUGGACAAGUUGGCAGAAAAUGCUCAUAAUGUAUGGGCCCGGGAUCGAAUACGGCAGGGCUGGACUUAUGGCAUCCAACAGGAUGUAAAGAACAGAAGAAACCCUCGUCUCGUUCCCUAUACCCUUCUGGAUGACAGAACAAAGAAAUCAAAUAAGGACAGCCUCCGGGAGGCUGUGCGGACACUGCUGGGGUACGGAUACAACCUGGAGGCUCCAGAUCAAGAUCAUGCUGCCAGAGCGGAAGUGUGUAGCAGUACUGGGGAACGGUUCCGAAUCUUCCGUGCUGAGAAAACUUAUGCUGUGAAGACUGGAAGGUGGUAUUUUGAAUUUGAGGCUGUCACUGCAGGGGACAUGAGAGUUGGCUGGAGCAGACCAGGUUGUCAGCCUGACCAGGAGCUGGGGUCAGAUGAUCGUGCCUUUGCUUUUGAUGGUUUCAAGGCCCAGCGGUGGAACCAGGGCCAUGAACACUAUGGGCGCUCCUGGCAAGCAGGUGACGUUGUGGGAUGUAUGGUGGACAUGACAGAGCAUACGAUGAUGUUCACACUGAAUGGAGAAAUCCUUCUUGAUGAUUCAGGUUCAGAACUGGCUUUCAAGGACUUUGAUGUUGGUGAUGGAUUUAUACCUGUAUGUAGCCUUGGAGUGGCUCAAGUUGGAAGGAUGAACUUUGGGAAGGAUGUCAGCACACUGAAAUAUUUUACCAUCUGUGGUUUGCAAGAGGGUUAUGAACCAUUUGCUGUUAAUACGAACAGGGAUAUUACCAUGUGGCUAAGCAAGAGGCUUCCUCAGUUUCUCCAGGUUCCAUCAAACCAUGAACAUAUUGAGGUGACCAGAAUAGAUGGUACCAUAGACAGUUCUCCAUGUUUAAAGAUCACCCAGAAGUCCUUCGGUUCUCAGAACAGCAGCACUGACAUCAUGUUUUAUCGUCUGAGCAUGCCAAUCGAAUGUGCAGAGGUCUUCUCCAAGACGGGACUCCCGGGGGCAGGUCUCUUUGGACCCAAGAAUGAUUUGGAGGAUUAUGAUGCAGAUUCUGACUUUGAGGUUCUAAUGAAGACAGCACAUGGCCAUUUAGUGCCUGAUCGAGUUGACAAAGAUAAAGAAACUACAAAACCAGAGUUCAAUAACCACAAGGAUUAUGCUCAGGAAAAGCCCUCUCGCCUGAAACAAAGAUUUUUACUUAGAAGAACAAAACCUGAUUACAGCACAAGCCAUUCUGCAAGACUUACUGAAGAUGUCCUUGCAGAUGAUCGGGAUGACUAUGAUUACCUGAUGCAAACGUCCACAUACUAUUAUUCAGUGAGAAUCUUUCCUGGUCAAGAGCCUGCUAAUGUAUGGGUAGGCUGGAUUACAUCAGAUUUCCAUCAGUACGAUACAGGCUUUGACUUGGACAGAGUUCGUACAGUAACUGUUACUCUAGGAGAUGAGAAAGGAAAAGUGCAUGAAAGCUUUGCCAUUGACUCGCUGUGUGGCUUUGGCAUCAAACGCAGCAACUGCUACAUGGUGUGCGCAGGCGAGAGCAUGAGCCCUGGGCAAGGACGGAACAAUAAUGGUCUGGAGAUUGGUUGUGUGGUGGAUGCAGCCAGCGGGCUGCUCACGUUUACUGCCAAUGGCAAGGAACUGAGCACAUACUAUCAGGUUGAACCAAGUACAAAAUUAUUUCCUGCAGUUUUUGCACAAGCUACCAGUCCUAAUGUUUUUCAGUUUGAGUUGGGAAGAAUAAAGAAUGUGAUGCCACUUUCUGCGGGGUUGUUCAAGAGUGAACACAAAAACCCAGUGCCACAGUGCCCCCCACGUCUUCAUGUGCAAUUUUUAUCACACGUCUUGUGGAGCAGAAUGCCAAAUCAGUUCUUGAAGGUGGAUGUCUCUCGGAUCAGCGAGCGUCAAGGCUGGUUGGUGCAGUGUUUGGAUCCCUUGCAAUUCAUGUCUCUUCACAUCCCAGAGGAGAACAGGUCUGUUGACAUAUUAGAAUUGACAGAGCAGGAAGAACUGCUGAAAUUCCACUAUCACACUCUCCGACUCUAUUCAGCUGUCUGUGCCCUUGGGAACCACCGGGUUGCCCAUGCCUUGUGCAGCCAUGUAGACGAACCUCAGCUCCUCUAUGCCAUCGAGAACAAGUACAUGCCUGGUUUGCUGCGGACCGGCUACUAUGACCUUCUGAUUGACAUCCACCUUAGCUCCUAUGCCACUGCCAGGCUCAUGAUGAACAAUGAAUUUAUUGUCCCCAUGACAGAGGAGACAAAGAGCAUCACCUUGUUCCCCGAUGAGAACAAAAAGCAUGGCCUCCCCGGGAUUGGCUUAAGCACCUCCCUGCGACCUCGAAUGCAGUUUUCCUCCCCCAGCUUUGUAAGCAUUAAUAAUGAUUGUUACCAAUACAGUCCAGAGUUCCCCCUGGACAUCCUAAAAACCAAAACUAUACAGAUGCUCACAGAAGCUGUUAAAGAGGGAAGUCUUCAUGCCCGGGACCCCGUAGGAGGAACCACGGAAUUUCUCUUUGUACCCCUCAUCAAACUGUUCUAUACAUUGCUCAUCAUGGGCAUCUUUCACAAUGAGGAUUUGAAGCACAUCCUACAGCUGAUUGAGCCUAGUGUGUUCAAGGAAGCUGCCACUGCAGAGGAGGAGAGCGAAAGUUUGGAGAAAGAUCUGGGCACUGAAGACUCAAAGCAGGAAGGAUCUGUGGAAGAAGAAGCUAGAGUGGGCAGUGGACCCAAGGAGGGCCUGCUCCAAAUGAAGCUGCCAGAGCCAGUUAAAUUGCAGAUGUGUCUGCUGCUUCAAUACCUCUGUGACUGCCAAGUCCGGCACCGAAUAGAAGCCAUUGUGGCUUUUUCAGAUGACUUUGUAGCAAAGCUUCAAGAUAAUCAGCGAUUCCGGUAUAAUGAAGUUAUGCAAGCGUUAAAUAUGUCAGCUGCAUUGACAGCCAGGAAAACAAAAGAAUUUAGGUCACCACCUCAAGAACAGAUCAAUAUGCUUCUCAAUUUUAAGGAUGACAAAAAUGAAUGUCCAUGUCCUGAAGAAAUUCGAGACCAGCUCUUGGAAUUUCAUGAAGAUUUGAUGGCCCAUUGCGGGAUUGAGCUGGAUGAAGAUGGGUCUCUGGAUGGAAACAGUGAUUUAACAAUUAGAGGACGCCUGCUGUCCCUGGUAGAAAAGGUGACAUACCUGAAGAAGAAACAAGCUGAAAAACCAGUUGAGAGUGACUCCCAGAAGUCCUCAACUCUACAACAGUUGAUAUCAGACACGAUGGUCCGAUGGGCUCAAGAGUCUGUCAUUGAAGACCCUGAGUUGGUGAGGGCCAUGUUUAUGUUGCUCCAUCGACAAUAUGAUGGCAUCGGGGGUCUGGUUCGGGCUCUGCCAAAGACCUACACUAUAAAUGGUGUUUCAGUGGAAGAUACCAUCAACCUGCUGGCAUCUCUUGGACAAAUCCGUUCUUUGUUGAGUGUGAGAAUGGGCAAAGAAGAAGAGAAACUUAUGAUUCGUGGAUUAGGGGAUAUCAUGAAUAACAAAGUAUUUUAUCAACACCCUAAUCUCAUGAGGGCUCUUGGUAUGCAUGAGACAGUGAUGGAGGUCAUGGUGAAUGUUUUGGGAGGUGGAGAGUCCAAGGAAAUAACUUUUCCUAAGAUGGUGGCCAACUGUUGUCGUUUUCUCUGUUACUUCUGUCGUAUAAGUAGGCAGAAUCAAAAAGCUAUGUUUGAUCAUCUCAGUUAUUUAUUGGAAAACAGCAGUGUUGGUCUUGCCUCGCCAGCUAUGAGGGGUUCUACACCACUUGAUGUGGCAGCUGCGUCAGUGAUGGAUAAUAAUGAAUUGGCCUUAGCUUUACGAGAACCAGAUCUAGAAAAGGUAGUUCGAUAUUUGGCUGGUUGCGGGCUCCAGAGUUGUCAGAUGCUGGUGUCUAAGGGAUAUCCUGACAUUGGGUGGAAUCCAGUUGAAGGAGAGCGAUAUCUUGAUUUUCUCAGAUUUGCUGUCUUCUGUAAUGGGGAGAGUGUGGAGGAGAACGCAAAUGUGGUAGUGAGACUGCUCAUCAGGAGGCCGGAAUGCUUUGGCCCUGCGCUGAGAGGAGAAGGUGGGAAUGGUCUUCUUGCAGCCAUGGAAGAGGCCAUAAAAAUAGCUGAGGAUCCCUCUCGAGAUGGUCCGUCACCAACUAGCGGAUCCAGUAAAACACUUGAUACAGAAGAAGAGGAAGAUGAUACUAUCCACAUGGGGAAUGCCAUCAUGACCUUUUAUGCAGCUUUGAUUGACCUUUUAGGUCGUUGUGCUCCUGAAAUGCAUUUGAUUCAUGCUGGGAAAGGAGAGGCCAUCAGAAUUAGGUCUAUUCUGAGAUCCUUAAUUCCAUUGGCAGAUUUGGUGGGAGUGAUCAGCAUCGCUUUUCAGAUGCCAACAAUAGCCAAAGAUGGCAAUGUGGUGGAGCCUGACAUGUCUGCAGGGUUUUGCCCAGAUCACAAGGCAGCCAUGGUUUUGUUCCUUGACAGGGUCUAUGGAAUUGAAGUUCAAGAUUUCCUCCUCCAUCUCCUUGAAGUUGGCUUUCUGCCAGAUCUCCGUGCUGCUGCUUCUCUUGAUACAGCUGCUUUGAGUGCUACAGAUAUGGCUUUGGCUCUCAAUAGAUACCUCUGUACAGCCGUGCUGCCUUUGUUAACAAGAUGUGCUCCUCUUUUUGCUGGCACAGAGCACCAUGCUUCCCUCAUUGAUUCAUUGCUUCAUACUGUCUAUAGACUUUCUAAGGGCUGCUCACUUACCAAAGCUCAACGAGAUUCCAUAGAAGUUUGCUUACUCUCUAUCUGUGGCCAAUUGAGACCUUCCAUGAUGCAACACUUACUCAGAAGAUUAGUAUUUGAUGUCCCAUUAUUAAACGAACAUGCAAAGAUGCCUCUUAAGCUGCUGACCAAUCAUUAUGAAAGAUGCUGGAAAUAUUACUGCUUACCUGGAGGAUGGGGAAAUUUUGGAGCAGCAUCAGAAGAAGAACUUCACUUAUCAAGAAAACUGUUCUGGGGAAUUUUUGAUGCCCUGUCUCAAAAGAAAUAUGAACAAGAACUUUUCAAACUGGCACUACCUUGCCUGAGUGCAGUUGCGGGAGCUUUGCCUCCAGACUACAUGGAGUCAAACUAUGUCAGUAUGAUGGAAAAACAGUCAUCAAUGGAUUCUGAAGGGAACUUUAACCCACAACCUGUUGAUACCUCAAAUAUUAUAAUUCCCGAGAAGUUGGAAUACUUCAUUAACAAAUAUGCAGAACAUUCCCAUGACAAGUGGUCAAUGGACAAGUUGGCUACUGGAUGGAUUUAUGGGGAAGUAUUUUCAGACUCAUCUAAAGUUCAACCAUUAAUGAAGCCAUAUAAACUAUUAUCUGAAAAAGAAAAAGAAAUUUAUCGUUGGCCAAUCAAAGAAUCUUUAAAAACAAUGCUGGCUUGGGGUUGGAGAAUUGAAAGAACUCGGGAGGGAGACAGUAUGGCCCUCUAUAAUCGGACUCGACGUAUUUCCCAGACAAGCCAGGUGUCAGUAGAUGCUGCACAUGGGUAUAGCCCUCGAGCCAUUGAUAUGAGUAACGUCACACUAUCCAGAGAUCUUCAUGCUAUGGCAGAAAUGAUGGCUGAAAACUAUCAUAACAUUUGGGCAAAGAAAAAGAAAAUGGAACUGGAAUCCAAAGGGGGUGGAAAUCAUCCACUGCUGGUACCCUAUGAUACACUGACAGCCAAAGAGAAAGCCAAAGACAGAGAAAAAGCACAGGACAUCCUCAAAUUCUUACAGAUAAAUGGAUAUGCUGUCUCCAGAGGAUUCAAGGACUUGGAGCUGGACACACCUUCUAUUGAGAAACGAUUUGCCUAUAGUUUUCUUCAGCAGCUCAUUCGCUAUGUGGAUGAAGCCCAUCAGUACAUCCUUGAGUUUGAUGGUGGCAGCAGAAGCAAAGGAGAGCAUUUCCCUUAUGAGCAAGAAAUCAAGUUCUUUGCUAAAGUUGUUCUUCCUUUAAUUGAUCAAUAUUUCAAAAACCAUCGUUUAUACUUCUUAUCUGCAGCAAGCAGGCCUCUCUGUACUGGAGGACAUGCAUCAAACAAAGAGAAAGAAAUGGUGACUAGCCUAUUCUGCAAACUUGGAGUUCUUGUCAGGCAUAGGAUUUCACUAUUUGGAAAUGAUGCAACAUCAAUCGUCAACUGUCUUCACAUUUUGGGUCAGACUUUAGAUGCAAGAACUGUGAUGAAGACUGGCCUAGAGAGUGUCAAAAGUGCACUGAGAGCUUUUCUGGACAAUGCUGCAGAGGAUCUGGAGAAAACAAUGGAGAAUCUUAAGCAAGGCCAGUUCACCCACACGCGAAACCAACCCAAAGGAGUUACUCAGAUUAUCAAUUAUACCACCGUGGCAUUGCUGCCAAUGUUGUCAUCAUUAUUUGAACAUAUUGGCCAGCAUCAGUUCGGAGAAGAUCUAAUAUUGGAAGAUGUCCAGGUAUCAUGUUAUAGAAUUUUAACUAGCUUAUAUGCUUUGGGGACCAGCAAGAGUAUUUAUGUAGAAAGACAACGUUCUGCUUUAGGAGAAUGUCUGGCUGCAUUUGCUGGUGCCUUUCCUGUAGCAUAUUUGGAAACUCACCUCAACAAGCAUAAUAUUUACUCGAUCUAUAAUACUAAGACUUCACGGGAGAGAGCAGCUCUCAAUUUGCCAGCGAAUGUGGAAGAUGUUUGUCCAAAUAUACCGUCUUUAGAUAAACUGAUGGAAGAAAUUGUGGACUUGGCAGAAUCUGGCAUUCGCUACACUCAAAUGCCACAUGUAAUGGAAGUGAUACUACCCAUGUUGUGUAGCUACAUGUCUCGUUGGUGGGAGCAUGGACCUGAGAACAAUCUGGAAAGGGCAGAAAUGUGCUGUACCGCUUUGAACUCAGAGCACAUGAACACACUUCUGGGGAAUAUAUUGAAAAUCAUAUAUAAUAACUUGGGUAUUGAUGAGGGAGCCUGGAUGAAGAGGUUAGCAGUAUUUUCCCAGCCUAUUAUAAAUAAAGUGAAACCUCAGCUCUUGAAAACUCAUUUCUUGCCAUUAAUGGAAAAACUCAAGAAAAAGGCAGCGAUGGUGGUAUCUGAAGAAGACCAUCUGAAAGCCGAGGCCAGAGGGGAUAUGUCGGAGGCAGAACUUCUUAUUCUAGAUGAGUUUACCACACUGGCCAGAGAUCUCUAUGCCUUCUACCCUCUCUUAAUUAGAUUUGUGGACUACAACAGGGCAAAAUGGCUAAAGGAGCCAAACCCAGAAGCAGAAGAUCUUUUUCGGAUGGUAGCAGAAGUAUUUAUCUACUGGUCCAAAUCCCAUAAUUUCAAGAGGGAAGAGCAGAACUUCGUGGUACAGAAUGAAAUCAAUAAUAUGUCUUUCCUCAUUACUGACACCAAGUCAAAAAUGUCAAAGGCAGCUGUUUCUGAUCAGGAAAGGAAGAAAAUGAAGCGCAAAGGAGAUCGCUAUUCCAUGCAGACCUCUCUUAUUGUAGCAGCUUUGAAGCGCUUGUUGCCCAUUGGAUUAAACAUUUGUGCCCCAGGAGAUCAGGAGCUCAUUGCUCUUGCCAAAAUGCGAUUUAGUAUGAAAGACACUGAGGAUGAAGUACGAGAUAUAAUCCGCAGCAACAUUCACUUACAAGGCAAGUUGGAAGAUCCUGCUAUUAGAUGGCAAAUGGCUCUUUACAAAGAUUUACCAAACAGAACCGAAGAUACUUCAGAUCCUGAAAAGACAAUAGAGAGAGUAUUGGAUAUAGCAAAUGUGCUUUUUCAUCUUGAACAGGUGGAACAUCCUCAGAGAUCUAAAAAGGCAGUCUGGCACAAACUGCUCUCUAAGCAGAGGAAAAGGGCAGUGGUCGCCUGCUUCCGAAUGGCUCCUUUAUAUAACCUGCCAAGGCAUCGAGCUGUCAAUCUCUUUCUUCAGGGAUAUGAAAAGUCUUGGAUUGAAACAGAAGAACAUUACUUUGAAGAUAAACUGAUAGAAGAUUUAGCGAAACCUGGAGUGGAGCCUUCUGAAGAAGAGGAAGGCAACAGAAGAGUUGAUCCUCUUCAUCAGCUGAUCCUUCUGUUCAGUCGAACAGCUUUAACGGAGAAAUGCAAACUGGACGAAGAUUUUUUAUAUAUGGCCUAUGCAGAUAUUAUGGCAAAGAGUUGUCAUGAUGAGGAAGAUGAUGAUGGUGAAGAGGAAGUGAAGAGUUUUGAAGUCACAGGAUCCCAACGCAGCAAGGAAAAAGAAAUGGAAAAGCAAAAGCUACUCUACCAGCAAGCCAGGCUCCAUGAUCGCGGUGCUGCUGAGAUGGUGUUGCAGACCAUAAGCGCCAGCAAAGGUGAAACUGGACCAAUGGUAGCUGCUACUUUGAAACUUGGAAUUGCUAUCUUAAAUGGGGGGAACUCUACGGUGCAACAGAAAAUGCUUGACUACCUCAAGGAGAAAAAGGAUGUGGGCUUCUUUCAGAGUUUGGCUGGCCUGAUGCAGUCAUGUAGCGUCCUUGACUUAAAUGCAUUUGAACGGCAAAACAAAGCUGAAGGACUGGGAAUGGUGACAGAAGAAGGAUCAGGAGAAAAGGUUCUACAGGAUGAUGAGUUCACCUGUGACCUCUUCCGCUUCCUACAGCUGCUUUGUGAGGGACACAAUUCAGAUUUUCAAAAUUAUCUGAGAACUCAGACUGGCAAUAAUACAACUGUCAACAUUAUUAUUUCUACUGUAGACUACCUGCUAAGAGUUCAGGAAUCCAUUAGUGAUUUCUAUUGGUAUUAUUCUGGAAAAGAUGUUAUUGAUGAACAAGGACAACGGAAUUUCUCUAAAGCAAUACAAGUGGCAAAGCAAGUCUUUAAUACUCUCACAGAGUAUAUUCAGGGCCCUUGCACUGGGAAUCAACAGAGCUUGGCACACAGUCGGCUAUGGGAUGCGGUGGUGGGAUUUCUUCAUGUUUUUGCUCACAUGCAAAUGAAGCUGUCUCAGGACUCCAGUCAAAUUGAACUCUUAAAAGAGUUAAUGGAUCUCCAGAAGGAUAUGGUGGUCAUGUUGUUAUCCAUGUUAGAAGGUAAUGUUGUAAAUGGAACCAUUGGCAAACAGAUGGUUGAUAUGCUUGUGGAAUCUUCCAACAACGUGGAAAUGAUUCUCAAAUUUUUCGACAUGUUCCUAAAGCUGAAGGAUUUGACUUCUUCUGAUACAUUUAAAGAAUAUGACCCUGACGGCAAGGGAGUUAUUUCCAAGAGGGACUUCCAUAAAGCCAUGGAGAGCCACAAGCACUACACACAAUCAGAAACCGAGUUUCUCCUGUCCUGCGCAGAGACAGAUGAAAAUGAAACUCUGGACUAUGAAGAAUUUGUCAAGCGCUUCCAUGAACCCGCCAAGGACAUCAGCUUCAAUGUGGCUGUCCUUCUGACAAAUCUUUCCGAACACAUGCCCAAUGAUACCCGCCUCCAGACCUUUCUCGAAUUAGCAGAAAGUGUGCUGAAUUACUUCCAGCCCUUCCUUGGCCGAAUUGAGAUCAUGGGCAGUGCCAAACGCAUUGAGAGGGUUUACUUUGAAAUCAGUGAAUCCAGCCGAACUCAGUGGGAGAAGCCGCAGGUCAAGGAGUCCAAGAGACAGUUCAUAUUUGAUGUGGUUAAUGAAGGGGGAGAGAAAGAGAAGAUGGAACUUUUUGUGAACUUCUGUGAGGAUACCAUAUUCGAGAUGCAGCUGGCGGCUCAGAUCUCUGAAUCGGAUUUGAAUGAGAGGUCCACCAACAAAGAAGAGAGUGAGAAGGAGAAGCCAGAGGAGCAGGGGCCGAGGAUGGGUUUCUUUUCCAUUCUGACUGUCAAGUCAGCCUUGUUUGCACUCAGGUAUAAUAUCGUGACUCUUAUGCGCAUGCUCAGUCUAAAGAGCCUAAAGAAACAGAUGAAAAAAGUGAAGAAGAUGACCAUGAAGGACAUGGUCACAGCCUUCUUUUGCUCCUAUUGGAGUAUUUUUCUGGGUCUCUUGCACUUUGUGGCCAGCGUGUUCAGAGGCUUUUUCCGUAUUAUCUGCAGCCUGCUACUGGGAGGAAGCCUAGUAGAAGGUGCUAAAAAGAUCAAAGUUGCUGAGCUCUUGGCCAACAUGCCAGACCCCACUCAGGAUGAGGUACGAGGAGAUGGAGAGGAGGGUGAGAGGAAACCCUUGGAGGCCCCUUUGCCCUCUGAAGAUCUAACAGACCUAAAGGAGCUGACAGAGGAAAGUGACCUUCUCUCCGACAUAUUUGGUUUGGAUCUGAGGCGAGAAGGAGGACAGUACAAAUUGAUUCCUCACAAUCCAAAUGCUGGUCUCAGUGACCUCAUGAGCAACCCAGUCCCCAUCCCAGAGGUGCAAGAAAAAUUUCAGGAACAGAAGGUAAAAGAAGAAGAAAAGGAAGAAAAAGAAGAAAUAAAAUCUGAACCAGAAAAGGCUGAAGGAGAAGAUGGAGAAAAGGAAGAAAAAGUCAAAGAUGACAAGGGUAAACAAAAAUUAAGGCAGCUCCAUGCACACAGAUAUGGCGAAUCAGAGGUUCCUGAGUCAGCAUUCUGGAAGAAAAUUAUAGCCUACCAACAGAAACUUCUAAACUAUUUUGCUCGCAACUUUUACAACAUGAGAAUGUUAGCCUUAUUUGUCGCAUUUGCGAUCAAUUUCAUCUUGCUUUUUUAUAAGGUUUCCACUUCUUCUGUGGUUGAAGGAAAAGAACUCCCCACUCGUAGUUUAAGUGAAAAUGCCAAAGUCAGCACCGUGGACAGCGAUUCAAAUAGAAUCAUUGCCGUUCAUUAUGUCCUGGAGGAGAGCAGUGGCUACAUGGAGCCGACGUUGCGUAUCCUCGCUAUUCUCCACACUGUCAUUUCUUUCUUCUGCAUCAUUGGAUACUACUGCUUGAAAGUCCCCUUAGUUAUUUUUAAGCGAGAAAAGGAAGUAGCACGGAAAUUGGAAUUUGAUGGACUUUAUAUUACAGAACAGCCCUCGGAAGAUGAUAUUAAAGGCCAGUGGGAUAGACUUGUGAUCAACACACAGUCUUUUCCCAACAACUACUGGGACAAAUUUGUUAAAAGAAAGGUUAUGGAUAAGUAUGGAGAAUUCUAUGGCCGAGAUAGAAUCAGUGAAUUACUUGGUAUGGAUAAAGCUGCUCUGGAUUUCAGUGAUGCCCGAGAAAAGAAGAAGCCAAAGAAAGACAGCUCCCUGUCAGCCGUACUGAAUUCUAUUGAUGUGAAGUAUCAGAUGUGGAAACUCGGAGUUGUUUUUACUGACAAUUCCUUCCUCUACUUAGCCUGGUACAUGACUAUGUCCGUUCUUGGACACUAUAACAACUUUUUUUUCGCUGCUCAUCUUCUUGACAUAGCUAUGGGAUUCAAGACCUUAAGAACUAUCUUGUCAUCAGUAACUCACAAUGGCAAACAGCUUGUAUUAACUGUCGGUUUAUUAGCUGUUGUUGUAUACCUCUAUACUGUUGUGGCAUUUAACUUUUUCCGAAAAUUCUACAACAAAAGCGAAGAUGGUGAUACACCAGAUAUGAAAUGUGAUGAUAUGCUAACAUGUUAUAUGUUCCACAUGUAUGUUGGAGUACGUGCUGGAGGAGGUAUUGGUGAUGAAAUUGAAGACCCAGCUGGUGAUGAGUAUGAGAUUUAUAGAAUCAUCUUUGACAUCACCUUCUUCUUCUUUGUAAUUGUCAUUCUUUUGGCCAUAAUACAAGGUUUAAUUAUUGAUGCUUUUGGAGAAUUACGAGACCAACAGGAACAAGUCAAAGAAGACAUGGAGACCAAGUGCUUCAUCUGUGGGAUAGGCAAUGAUUACUUUGACACAGUACCUCAUGGCUUUGAAACCCACACUUUACAGGAGCACAACUUGGCCAAUUACCUGUUUUUUCUGAUGUACCUUAUAAAUAAAGAUGAAACAGAACACACAGGACAGGAAUCUUAUGUCUGGAAAAUGUAUCAAGAACGGUGUUGGGAAUUUUUCCCAGCAGGGGAUUGCUUCAGGAAGCAGUACGAAGACCAGCUAAAUUAGACUCAAACUCAGAUCACCUAUGACAACUAAAAUCAGUCUCUCCGUGUCUCUCUCUCUAUCUAUCUAUCUCUCUCUAUCUAUCUAUUUAUCUAUCUCUCUCCCCCUCCCUCCCUCUCUCUCUCUUCCUCUCUCUCUCUUUCUCCACUUCCAUGGAAAUAUCCUGCAGAUUUUGUGAACUGAGUUCUAUGCUUUCUGGGAGCAUCGAAACUCCUUAUCUAAAGACCAGACUGCCAACUGCUUCUGCUUCCACCCCUUGUGUAUUUUCCUUUGAGAAUGAAGACUGAAGAAUAAUCUACCUUCCUACACAGACACAAUAGGAAUUCUACAAAGGAAGCCAUUCUAGAUCCUCGCAUAAAGCAGACCUUUCCUUCUAAGAAUUCUGAAAGUUUCAUUGAGCUCCAGGACAUUCACUGAGAAGCGUGGCAGCCACACUCAUCCGGCCUCUUUAUUUCACCAUCCUGAAAGGAACUCUCUGAUUAAUGGUCACAGAGCACUGUAGCACUUAACAGAUUGCAGUGGACACCAGUUACGAAGGGAAAUAGUGCCUUACUAUAUGUUGGGUUGAGCUAUGCAGAAGAUAUGUGCAUGAAAAAAAGCAUCUUUAUUUUCUUUAUGUCUGCCUUUUUUUUUCCUUAGCUAGAUUGAUUUGGUGAGUUUUUUUCCUUUACUCUUCUCUUGGUGGGGGAGGGUAAGAAAAGAUGUUUGUGUACACCUUUUAUAACAUGACAGGUGGCCUGUCUCAGAUUAAGAGGAGACUUUUCUCAUUCCGCUAAAUUCACAUUUACCCUCCCCAUGUGCUCCUGCUCUUAUUUGGAUAAUGCUCUGAUGCAACACUGCAACUUUAUGAAAUCUUUGUAUGAAAACAAAACAAAAAAAGACUUCAAAAAAUACACUUUCAACAGAAAUAAUUCAUUGCAUGUUUAUUAUGCAAGUUUAAACGAACAAAGAAAACCUUCAGAAGCAAGUUGAUCAAUGUGAGAGAACUUUCAUGAUAAUUAUCUUCAUAGUAAUAAAGUGUCGUGGGCUUAAUUGUAUAUUUGGAGCCAGUGUCAUCCACCAACAGUGUGAUCCAUAUGAUCUUGACAGUAGUUUUGGGUUUCUCUCUUUUGUUUGGCCACCUGUGAUCAGUCAUUGACUAAGGACUUCUUGUCAGGCCAUUUUUUAAUAUCAAAGCUGAAGCAAUAUCCAUUCAGGGAUUUCAUCAGUUGCAUCAAAAACCACGGAUGUUAUCAAUCACUCCAUUUUGAGUCCUUUUAAAUGUAAUGCUGAUAUCUACAAAUAAAAAUGUCAGAUUCAGAAUGGAAGCAAGGUCAUUUUGCAAACAUUGGAGCUCUUUUAUUACAAAUCUGCUUGUUAAUUUUAGAAUUGUAAAAUUGCUCUGAUUAAACUAUUUAACUAAC